ACAGGACCCAAACUGAACCCAGUUCGGAUCUUCCUUUUUCUAAAGACAAAGGCCCCAUAAAUCACAAUCCCUGCAAAAAAUAGUAGGGGGGAGAGAAAAUGCAGGAAGGUCGCAAAAGGAAGAAGCAAUUACAGAAACUGCAAAAGAAAUCAAAAUCAAAGACCAAAUUAGCAGAUAAAGAAGAGCCAUAUCGGACCCACAUUCGACCUACACCCGAUGAAUGCCGAGACGUUCGAGAUGAGCUCUUGGCGUUACAUGGUUUCCCUCAAGAAUUCGCCAAGUACCGCAGAGACCCACUUAGCCCAUCCCUAGAUGAUCGAAAUUCCGUCGUUGAGGAGACUGUUUUGGAUGGUCUGGUAAAGACUCUGCUCUCGCAGAACACAACGGAGGCUAAUUCUCAAAGGGCUUUCGCGUCACUUAAGUCUGCCUUCCCUACUUGGGAGGAUGUUGUUGCUGCAAAUUCAAAAUGUAUAGAGAAUGCCAUUAGGUGUGGAGGAUUGGCCACUACCAAGGCUGCUUGCAUCAAGAACAUACUGAGUUGUUUGCUAGAGAGAAAAGGCAAGUUGUGUUUGGAGUACAUGCGAGAUUUAUCAGUUGAAGAAAUCAAGGCUGAACUCUCAAGUUUCAAAGGAAUUGGCCCCAAAACGGUGGCUUGCGUUUUGAUGUUUAAUCUUCAGCACGAUGAUUUCCCGGUGGACACACAUGUGUUUGAGAUUGCAAAGACCAUUGGUUGGGUCCCAGACGUUGCUGAUCGGAAUAAGACGUACCUUCAUCUCAACCAAAGGAUCCCUAAUGAACUUAAAUUUGAUCUGAAUUGUCUUCUCUUCACUCAUGGAGAGGAAGGGCUCCUUGUGGAAUGGUGCAACCAGCUGGAGGUGCUAGCUCACCAAGCUGUGGUUUGCUUUGUGAUGCACUGUGGAUGGAACUCGUCAGGCUUGAGCCUUGGCGUGCUGAUGGUGAGCAUUCGACAAUGAUGUGACCAGCCAACUAAUGCUAAGUUUGUGGAAGGUUGGAGUGAGAGAGCUAAGGGGGAUGGAGAGAGCGUUGUGAUGCAUUGAAGAGGUUAUGGUUGGAGAGAAUACUGAAGAGAUUAUGAGAAAUGCCUGCAAGAACAGAGAGCUAGCCAAGAGAGCUGUUGGCUUAGGAGGGAGUUCUAAUAAGACUUGAGUGAAUUUGUCAUGAAGUUAAUCAAGGACAUGGGCAAGUUCUAUCUUUAAUAUGAACCUCCAAAGGGAAAAAAAAAUCACAUCUAGGUUUAUCUUUUGAACUAUGAUUACUGUAGUAACCGAUUUUCGUCCGGCCAAAAAAUACAAAAAUAAA